UAAUUGAUAUUUUAAAAUACUUUCGGACUUCGAUAACGAAACAGUUUUCCAACGUUUCAAGUACUCAUUCAAACUUUUAUUUAACAAGCACGACAUUUGAUCAAGUAAUUUCUAAUAUUGAAUAUGAAUGAAAAGAACGUUGGCAUUUCAGAAGAAACAUUAGUUUCUAAUACUGAAGUUGUACCUGCUAAAAAGUUGCCCCAGUAUAUUGCCAGUUUAUCAGCAACUCUUGGAGCAUUAACCGUUGGUACGAUAUUAGGAUGGACUGCUGUUGCUGGUGCUGAUGGACAGAAAUUAAUAGAUUUAUAUAAUAUAAAUAUUACUUCAACUGAUUUUUCAUGGAUUGGUUCGUUAACUACACUUGGAGCAGCAGGGAUAUGUAUACCUAUUGGAAUUCUUGCUGAUGUAAUAGGAAGAAAAUAUACAAUGCUUCUAAUGGUAGUACCUCUUACCUUAGGUUGGCUGCUUUUAAUUUUUGCCAAUUCUCUAACUAUGUUUUUUAUUGGUAGACUUAUUCUUGGGUUUACUGUUGGAGCUUUUUGUGUAACGAUACCUAUGUAUAUAGCAGAGAUAGCUGAAGAUGAGAUUCGUGGCAGACUAGGAUCUUAUUUUCAGUUACUUCUUGCAAUAGGCGUGUCAUUUGUAUACAUUUUAGGAAGUUUUGUAAAUAUGCGUGAACUGUCUAUUAUAUCUGCCGUUGUGCCAUUUAUAUUUUUUGGAACUUUUAUAUUUAUGCCAGAAACACCCAUGUAUUAUUUAAAAAAAGGCAAUGAAGAGGGUGCCAAAAAAAGUUUAACUAAAUUACGUGGUACUCAAUACAAUGUAGAGAACGAAUUACGAGUAUACCGAGAGUCAUUAGAAGAAACCCGUGAAAAGACAACUUCUUUAUUCGUAUUACUUAAAUCUAAGGCUGUUAAAAAAAGUUUUGUGAUUUCGUAUGGCCUCAUGAUUUUUCAACAGUUAAGCGGUGUAAAUGUUUCGGCUUUUUAUGCUGGUACCCUCCUUGCGGAAACUGGUGAUAGUAUGUUUGUUAGUUAUUCGAUUAGUAUUAUGGGUAUAAUACAGAUAUUUGCUAUCUUUAUAAGCACAUUAGUUGUAGAUCACUUAGGUAGAAGAAUAUUGUUAAUGGUAUCUGCAAUAUUCAUGUGCUUAACAACUUUAGCUAUUGGGGUGUAUUUCUAUCUUACAGAAAUUGGAGAGGAUGUUAGUGAAAUUAAAUGGUUACCUAUAAUAUCUAUAUGUCUGUUUGGUAUUAUGUUUAGUAUCGGUUUUGGUCCUCUCCCAUGGAUGAUGAUGGGAGAAGUAUUUGCACCAGAGGUAAAAGGUAUAGCUGCUAGUGGUGCUUGUGUUUUAAAUUGGCUACUAGCUUUUAUUGUAACUAAAUUUUUUGAUGAUUUAAAACAAGCAAUUAAUGUGGGGCCUACAUAUUGGUUGUUUUCUGUAAUCUGUGCUAUUGGUACUCUCUUUGUAUAUAUAUUCGUUCCUGAAACAAAAGGCAAAUCCUUGGUAGAAAUUCAAAGAGAAUUGAAUACCUCAUGAUAACUUUAAAACUUACUAUGAGGCUAAGUGUAGAAUUAAGUAUAUGUAAAUAAGUAUAUAUUAUUACCUACUAAAACAAAUAUAAGUAGAAUUUUAUUUAACUACGAAUUUAAGUAUUAUGAGUAUAACUGUAUAUAUUUAUUAAAAAUUUGAAAUUAAAAGUUACUUAUGUGAUACUAAGUAUGUGUCAUGGAGGAAACCCUGAUGUCAGAUCAAUGGAUUGGUUAACUCUAGGUCAUGUUACAGCAGCAUGGGGUAGAGUCAUUGUAUUGCAGUUAUCUUUAGCAAAUGGUGGAGAUCUUCUUU